GUCAAGUUAAUUCAUGUAAGGUUGGUUAAAAUUAUAUAUAUAUCGGAAAUAGCCCUUUAGAACUUUUUGUGCGAGUCAUAACAAUAAAUAUUAAUAAUAAUAAUGAUAAAAAUGAUUUCAGCUUCGGCGCGGCGCAGAGAAGUUACGGGAAAGCCUGUGAGGAAGAGCCGGGGUGAGGUUGAAGGGGGAGCCGGGCAGACUUCCUCUGCCACGUCGGAGCAGGGAGCCACUUCCUCUGGAGGAACGGCGACCGGCAGAGCGGCCAGAGCGGACGCGUGAACAGACUCACGGUCACCAUGCUGCCCCCACUGCAUUUAUAUAUCCUUGUUUCUCUUCAACUUCUCCAUGCCUGCAGCAGUAGCACUUCCACUAAGAGCCCAACUGGCUCUGCACCUCCUCCUCCACCUCCUCUUGUGAGCGACCCAAGCUGGGCUCUGGGUCUGCGCCUAUACCGGGCCCUCCGCUCCCCCUCCAGCUCUGUCAACACCCUGUUCUCCCCGCUCCUCCUGGCCUCCUCCCUAAAGGCUCUGACCGAAGCCUCCUCAGGGAAGACGUCCACGCAACUCCAAGCCCUGCUCCAGCCCGAGUCACCCUCGAAGACGUCUGAAGGAGACCUGUCGGGGGCGCUGAAAAGGUUCACGGAGGCCGACAGGACCAGCUUCCACCUGCGCUGGUCUUCGGCCGUGUUUACAAAGCAGGCUCCUGCUGUCAGGCCGGCUUUUGUGAAGGAGAGCCAGAGCAAGUUCGGGUUGCAGCACCAGACGCUGGGGAAAGGAGACCCCAGCGCUGACCUGAAGCAGCUCCGUGACUGGGCAAAGGCUGGCACCGGCGGCCUGGAAGGAGCUCCUCUUGAAGCAGUAAUCAAAGCUAAAGCUGGAGCUGUGAUCCUGGCAAACGCUCUGCACUUUAAAGGGCUGUGGGAGCGGGAGUUCAGCGAAGACAACAAGGAUCUACGCACCUUCCUGGGAUGGAAAUACACCAAAGUGGUGAUGAUGCACAGAGCAGGUUUGUUCCGUUUCCACGAAGACAUGGAGAACAUGGUUCAAGUGCUGGAAGUUCCUCUGUCGGGGGGACAAGCCAGCGCUGUGUUCCUGAUGCCUUUCCACGUGGAGAAUCUGGCGCGUUUGGACAAACUACUGAGUCUGGAGCUGCUGACCAAGUGGCUGGGGAGGACCAAUGUCACCAGUGUGGCCAUCUCCAUGCCCAAGGCCAACAUCACCAGCACCCUCAGUCUGCAGAAAGCGUUGUCCGGUCUGGGACUGACGGACGCCUGGGACCAGAAGGCGGCCGACUUCUCUGGAGUGUCGGACAAAGGUAAAGGGAAGCUCCACCUGGGCGCCGUCCUCCACUGGGCUUCCAUGGAGCUGGCCCCUCAGGCCGGGAAGGGCGAGGUGGACGUGGAGGAGAACGUAGGGCGGCCUAAACUGUUCUACGCUGACCAUCCCUUCGUCGUUUUGGUUAGAGACAACGCCACGGGCGCCCUGUUGCUCAUGGGGGCUCUAGACUACGCGGAGGGGGAACUCCUGCACGACGAACUGUAGCUUCUCCUCCUGCAUGUAUAAAUAAAAGCCCGGCACUGGUCCUGUCAGAAGAACACGGAGGUGACCGGGGAUCUUCAGCGGGUCGCCUCCGAGCAAGAUGGAUGGAUCAGCCAAGUGCUUAUUGAUGAGCCAGCUUAAUGCUAAUGGCCGCAAUGCGUUAUGGCGCUUGUCAGCGGUACAGGGAAGACGGGAAACCUUUUAAUCUCCUAAUGCCAUCGUUGAUCAAUGGCAGCUGGAAACAAGCAUGACUGACUGAAUGAAUAGAAAAAAAACACAAGGAUACAAGAUUGAGGCAUUGCUUCAAAGUUAUAUUGUCCUCACCUGUACCUCAACAGAAAACAAUCACUCCUUUUUACUCAAUAGAACAACUUUAAACUGGAAUUUCUGAAUUCUCGAGAACAACCUCAAGUAGGCCAAUGAUACGGAUAUUCUUCCUUCUACCUCUAUUUUUGAGGUCUUUGAUGUGAUCCGCCAUGCUCUUAACCAUCUUCUUGAGUACUUGCAUCCUCUGGUUAGCUUGUGCCGAGGCGUCCUCCACUCCCAAAAUUCUUUCUUAAGAUUAUCUGUUCUGUUUUGCAUGCUCCUCAAGAGUCCGUGAAAGACAGCUCAGCUUUACCUGAUUGGUGAUGUUUUUGGUAAUUUCUUGAAUGGUCCAGAACGCGUAGUACCAGUAGCAGUCUGAUCAUCAGUAUAUUGAUUGGAGCUAGCUGCACUUUCGGUUUUAUUUAGUUUCUUUUUCUAGCGACUCAGAAAGGUUUCAUUAAGACUCAUGUUAUUUUCCCAACCAAAAACACUUGAGAAGAAGGUAGUUAAGAGAGCGAAAAGCACUGAAAAGAAUUAUCAACAUUGUGGCGCUGGACUCGGUAGCGUUGACCUAUUGCCACGCCGCCAUCUUCCUCACCCACUUACUCUUAUGAAUAAUUGAGAAAAAUAAACUAUGAGACAGAAAAACUCCCAUCCAUCCUUUCCUCCCUCAUUUUUAGUGUUUUAUUUAAAGAACUACUUCAAAACUUCUGCAGUUCAAGAUGGUUUUCUCCUAAAAGCAAGCACGAUUUAAACGUCUCUGCCUCCACACCACUAUAUUAAGCAACAGCCACGAGACCCGGCUCGACUGUCGGAUUCCAGGAACUCCGGCGCUCUUUCAGGUCUGCGAGUUGAUGCAUUAGCUUCUGUGUUUUCCUGUGCUGCACGGAGAGGCGCAUUACGCUCCACGACGAGGAAGCCCGAAUGCUCCAUGAUGGAUCUGAGACUGACAGCUCGCAGCAAAUCAAUCCCGCUUAUUCGAACACCAGCUCCCAGCUGGCUCGCCAUCACAUUCUAUUCAGGUCAGGACUCUGACAAACACUCGCCAGCCUGGAUCAGUUCGCAGGUACCCAGACAUAAUCUGAGUUACAGGGAAAAGGUGAGAAAAAUCAAUUCUCAAUGCUGAGUGGAGGCCACACUAUAUAUCUAGGUUAUGUGAGGGUUUGUGUAAUUAAUGCUUCUAGAAGGGCAACAAGAUAAAUUGCUUAAUAAGUAUU